CUUGAUUUCGCCAGUAUCUUGGCUAUUUCGUUCUUAACCACUCCCUCCUUUGCCGUCUUUUCCACAUCCAACUUGAUCUCCGUUCGUUUGUCGCGACUUCGACUGCAGUCACUCUUUCGUUCAUUCAUUCAUUCUUUUUCUUUUCCCCUGUUGUCCGCCGCGGUCCAAAGCAAAAGAUGCGUGUUUUGCCCCUUUUCGCCCUCGCGGCGCCGCUCGUUUCGGCCAUCCAAUUUCUCGAGCCCGUCGCGAACUCCACCUUGAUAAAGGGGGAGACGUACCGGGUGACCUGGAGCAGCGUCGACACCGAUCCGACCAAGUUCAGCAUCUAUCUGGUCAACUUUGUGGACUGGCCCCCGUUCUACAUCCAGGUGGCGUCCGACGUGCCGACGACUGCGGGCGAGCACGAGGUGACCGUUCCUUGUGAUGUGAACACCUCGUGGGGUUUUCAAUUCAACGCCAUCAACGGUACCAAUGUCUACGUAAUCUACGCUCAGACUCCAAGGUUCUUCGUCCGUGACUCGGAUGGCGACUGCAUAGAUGCCGGCCCCGUUCCUCCGCCGGGGGACCCGAGCCCGACCUGCAAGCCCGUGACUGUGACGGAGACCGUCACUAGCACCGUAUACUCGACCGUGUAUCCCGACGCAUGAGAGGCCCAGGGCUGAGCGCAUGCUUGCGAGGUGUAUGCGACAGAGAGCGAGAGAGACCCGAGGGCACGCGGUGUCAAGGGAAAGAAGAGGAGCGGGUUGCGGGCUAUGAAGAAGGGACAUAACAAUGGCAGCUUGUCUCGAGCGCCCAAAACCGCCUUCUGUCCGCCAAUUCGUACAUACAUGAUUGCCCCAGUUUGCUCCGUUUCCCCAUAUUUGCCUUCAGUGCAGGGGGUGGGUGAACGCGGAUCGGGUUACCCUGCUAUCCCCUUGCUUGCUACGCUCAGCCUUGGCUUGGUUGCAGCUCGCGUGGGCCCGGCGGAUUGCAGCAAUGCCAGUGUCAAUCUAUGGGGUUGCUGCGUCAUAACCCUUUUGAGCACCACUUAAGCCUACUGUGUAUAAUUACAUGCAGUGAGAGUCGCCGGUUCCGAGAGUGCCCACCGGUUGCCCCGGUAAGGAUUGCUGUAAUCAACCUUCCACCUGCCCCUGAAGGGUCUUGACUCGCCGACCACUACACCACAGCCAGUCUUGUGGC